AAGGAGACGGAAGAGGAGGGCGAGGAGGAAGGAAAGGUGGAAUAUGGUGAGGAGGAGAAUAGAGCCGACAUUUUGGACGAAUGGGAUUGGGGGGGUGGAAAUGAUAAGAUGAUGAUGCAGGCACGGCCCGUGGGAGUUUUACUUCAUCUGCCCUCGAGAUGGACACGCUUGGUCAACUCCUCACCGACGUCUGGUCGCCUCAACUCUGGCCCUGGAAGUGCAGAUGUGAUCCAUUUUCAAUCGUUUUCUCCAACACCCUCUCGAACACAAGAUUGA